AUGGCUGGUUUAGAGCUUUUGUAUAGCUGCGUAGCAGGCAGUAUUACCUGUCCACAGGACGUCGUUGUGUGUUUUGUUCACUGGGAAAUUGUAAAGAGUGGGUACAAGUGUCUUGGGUUGGGAGAUGAGGUGAGUCAUUGUGAUUCCACCACUGAUAGCAGGCUACUAAUGACAGGGAAUUUAUAAUUCCAUGUUUUAUAGCUAAUUGGUUUAAGAGUUUGCUGACAACAUCACAACAACUGGUUAGCAGCGCCAGAUUAGCAGUUUGACAUGUUGCCUCGCUAACCAACUAUAGUUAGCAUUAAUAAUUAUAGUUCGUGCUCUAGUCAGUUGGCUAAAUUAGCUAGCUAUACUAAUUUACUUAGCUACAGCUAGUUGGUUAACGUAGCGAUGCCAUGUCAGACUACUAAUCUGUAGCUGCUAGCUAGUUGUGAUGUCAGCAAACUGGGUUGUAGAAAUCAAUUCGUUUAUUGAAUUUGUAUGAAUGACAAUAUUUCAACAAUACUCAUUAUUCUGCUGAUGUAUGUGUUUUGUAAAUUAGCUUGCCUAUCGCUAUAUCAUGUCCCUAGCUAACGUUACAGAUUUUGUAACACGCUAAUCAGGCUAUAUACCAUGGGUAUUGACCAAAAUAAGUACUAUUUACUGGUCCAAUUACGUUGGUAACCAGUUUAUAAUAUAUAAGGCAUCUCGUGGGUUUGUGGUAACGUUAUAUGGCCAAUAUACCACGGCUAAGGGCUGUAUCUCUCUGUCUCCCGAGUGGCGCAGUGGUCUAAGGCACUGCAUCGCAGUGCUAGCUGUGCCACUAGAGAUCCUGGUUCGAAUCCAGGCUCUGUCGUAGCCGGCCGUGACCGGGAGACCCAUGGGGCGGCGCACAAUUGGCCCAGCGUCGUCCAGGGUAGGGGAGGGAAUGGCCGGCAGGGAUGUAACUCAGUUGGUAGAGCAUGGCGUUUGCAACGCCAGGGUUGUGGGUUCGAUUCCCAAGGGGGGCCAGUAUGAAAAAAUAAACUGUAAGUCGCUCUGGAUAAGAGCGUCUGCUAAAUGACUAAAAAUGUAAAUGUAAAUGUAAAUGUAUCCAGGCACUCCGCGUUGCGUUGGACGUAUACGACACUUCCUCGGGCUUUACCUUCUUGCUUAAAUUAACCACCUGCAACUGGAUGCGUGGUUGUCCGAAACGAGAACGAAGGUAGUAUCGCCAAGUUAAAUUUGGUUAAAUUCUGUGGCACAUUUUUUGGAGAGGGGGGGGGGUUAAAUCACAUUAUUUGCUCUUACAUUGACUGACAGUCCUAGCUACAGAUUGUAUCUGAUCCAUCUAUGAACAUGAGUGUGGUUACAUUCUUUCAGCCUCCUCCUUAGUUUACACCCAAAACAGUGGCGGGGCUAGCAUUGGGCUGAAACACAAACUCAUGAUUGUGCCUUUAAAUAGUUAUCUUGAAAGGGAGAGAGAGUGUGACCUCAUGCCACAUGAAGCGUGACGAUACAUACCUGUUAAAUUAUGAAUUAAUACAUUAAUCUGUGUUAUUUACAUUUUUUCAGCCUCUGAGUGGUGACAAGAAGUCGGAGUUGCUUCCUACAGGGUGGAACGGCAACAAGGAAUUGUACACCCUGCGGUACAAGUCAAAUGAUGACAAGUCUAAUUUAUUGGUAAAAGCCAUCACUGUGGAUUCCACCUUGAUCUUCAACUUAAUGGUAACUAUAGCUAUUCAAAAUGUUUCUUCAACUCAAAUCUUAAGUGGUUAUUUCUCAAAUUUAGUUAGGCUACAUCUACAGUAGGCCUAAGUGUGAUUAUUUUCUAUUGUGUCAGGACUCGGCCACUGAACAAGUGUCAGACCUGACAAUGAAUGUCAGUGAUUAUGUGGACGCGGAUCAUUUGCAAACAUUUGAAAGGUUGGUCAAUGUGUAAUAUUUUGGGGGGGAUAUAUUGAAGGAUUGCUCAAUUUGAACAGUGCUUAAUGGAGCAAAAGUGAUUAACAACAAACAAAUGUAUAAGUGUUUGGAUAAGGAAAUCCACCGGACCAUAAAUACCACGUUUUUUUAAAGAAAAUAAUACUAUGACUUAUUGAAAUCGAAAAAUACUACUCCAUAUUACAGGCCAUUCUGUAAAGCUUCAUAUUACUCCAAUUCAUGCUUUGUUGCUUACAGUCUUAAAUGAGGCCUGGGUAAGUCCCAAAUAUCCCAAUUUCAAGUAAUUAGUUCUCAACAAUCAUUUUACACUGAACAAAAAUAUGGACGCAACAUGUAAAGUGUUGGUCCCAUGUUUCAUGAGCUGAAAUAAAAGAUCCCAGAAAUGUUCCAUAUGCACAAAAAGCUUAUUUCUCUUAUUUUGUGCACAAAUCUGUUUACAUCCCUGUUAGUGAGCAUUUCUCCUUUGCCAAGAUAAUUCAACCACCUGACAGGUGUGGCAUAUCAAGAAGCUGAUUAAACAGCAUGAUCAUUACACAGGUGCACCUUGUGCUGGGGACAAUAAAGGGCCGCUCUAAAAUGUGCAGUUUUGCUGACUGCAGGAAUGUCCACCAGAGCUGUUGCCAGAAAAUGUAAUGUUAAUUUCUCUACCAUAAGCCGCCUCCAACUUCUUUUUAGAGAGUUUGGCUGUACAUCCAACCGGCCCCACAUCCACAGAUCACGUGUAACCACGUCAGCCCAGGACCUCCACAUCCGGCUUCUUCACCUGCGGGAUUGUCUGAGACCAGCCACCCGGACAGCUGAUAAAACAGUGAGUUUGCACAACUGAAGAAUUUCUGCACAAACUGUCAGAAACCGUCUCAGGGAAGCUCAUCUCCGUGCUCGUCGUCCUUACCAGGGUCUUGACCUGACUACAGUUUGCCGUCGUAACUGACUUCAGUGGGCAAAUGCUCACCUUCGAUGACCACUGGCAUGCUGGAGAAGUGGGCUCUUCACGGAUGAAUCCCGGUUUCAACUGUACCGGGCAUAUGGCAGAUAGCAUGUAUGGCGUCGUGUGGGCGAGCGGUUUGCUGAUGUCAACAUUGUGAACUGAGCGCCCCAUAGUGGCGGUGGGGUUAUGGUAUGGACAGGCAUAAGCUACAGACAACGAACACAAUUGCAUUUUAUCUAUGGCAAUUUGAAUGCACAGGGAUACUGUGAGGAGCUCCUGAGGCCCAUUGUCGUGCCAUUCAUCCGCCGCCAUCACCUCAUGUUUCAGCAUGAUAAUGUCGCAAGGAUCUGUACACAAUUCCUGGAAGCUGAAAAUCUCCUAGUUCUUCCAUGGCCUGCAUACUCACCAGACAUGUCACCCAUUGAGCAUGUUUGGGAUGCUCUGGAUCGACUUGCAACUUCGCACAGCCAUUGAAGAGGAGUGGGACAUCAUUCCACAGGCCACAAUCAACAGCCUGAUCAACUCUAUGUGAAGGAGAUGUCGUGCUGCAUGAGGCAAAUGGUGGUCAAACCAGAUAAUGACUUUUUGUUUUGAUCCACACACCUUUUUUUUUUUUAAAGGUAUCUGUGACCAACCGAUGCACAUCUGUAUACAUAGUUUAGGGCCUAAUCAAUUUUUUUCAAUUGACUGAUUUCCUUAUGAACUGUAACUCUGAAAAUCUUUGAAAUUGUUUCAUGUUGCGUUUUAUUUUUGUUUGUUUAGGUACAAUGACCAUUGUACAUUUUCAUGCAUUACAAUUCAGAAAGAUCCAAGAAGUUGUAUUUUUUUGUUCCUGUUCUGUACAGAAUGAACCUUAUGAUUCCUAUAAGUCUCUAAAACGUGUUGAUAUUGACAUGUUCCUCCCCUCUGUCAGUGUAUUCAAGAAUGCAGAAGAUUUGGCUCAGAAGGUGAAGAGCCAACUCCUUCCCUCAGUGCCCGCACCAAGAAAGAAAGACAAGAAGAGUAAGAGAGAGACAUCCGAUGACUCACAGCCGGACAGUGACCCUCUCCGCAUUCCAACAAGGCAUCCACAGACCAGCAGGCAGCCUAACUGGUUUGUACAACAUACCUUACUACAGGGUUCUACAACUGGCGAACCUCGGGCCCAACCUGGACUGA